AUGCAGUGGGUAUACCAUGCCUCUCCGGAGGUCAAUGCGAUUUCGCAGUAUCCGACUAUCCUCGCGGUAUGCAUCUCGCUCUCUUUUGUCAUGACCGUGGUCGUCUGUCUCCGGGUCUGGGUUCGUGCUGUGUGGAAGAAGAGCUUUGGAGUUGAUGAUCUGGUCAUUGUGUCCUCGGCGGCGUGUGGGAUCGUCUACAGUGCGUUGUGCAUAACUCAGUCCCGCCUGGGUCUCGGUCUCCCGCUCAAACUACGGCCAAAGGAGAGUCUGGACACAUAUGCCACGGUCAACUUCGCUGGUCGCCCGAUCUACAUGGCCGGUGUCACCGGCUUCAAAGUGGCCCUGUGUAUCGCAUAUCUACGCAUUAUCCGCCAUAGUUCGGAAAAGUCCUAUCGCCAUGUCGUCUGGGGCAUCAUGAUAUUCACCAUCCUAUCACAUCUUGCCGGGACUCUCGUCCUACUCUUCCAGUGCUCACCUGUGCACAAGUCAUGGCGGCCAAGGACACCGGGAAAAUGCCUGCCAAACGAUGCCGUCUUUUACCCGCUUGCUGGAGUAUCAAUCUUUUGUGACCUGAUCGUUUUCCUCACGCCCAUCCCACUAUGGAUGAAAGUACGCAUCAGCACGCCGCGAAAGCUGGGUCUGAUGGCCGUCUUCCUGCUCGGUCUGUUCACCACCGCCUGUUCGAUUAUGCGAGUGGUUCAGAUUGAGAUCAUUGCAAAGGAUGGAAACUCGACUAUGCUCAUCCUCUGGGGCACCAUCGAGCUGAACGUCGGAAUCGCCAUCACCUGUCUGCCCACUCUGAUUCCGCUACUUACCUUUAUUCGCGGCCGAACAUCCAAGGGCGGUCCCAUGCAGUAUCCCCACAGCUCCGAGGGCCGCAGCGCCGGCACUGCAGUCAAGCUCAAGUCUGUCGGCUUGCACUCAUCCACCAUGCGAUCUCAAACAAUCCCAACCGGUAACAACACGCUAAUCAAGUCGGGCAGUUUCAGCUCCCUAGAGGCGAUCCUCCCUGUCGAUAGCCAAGGGAGACCUAUCCAGCGAGAUGACGUGGAAUCAAGCGGCGGCAAUGGAUCGCAGACCCGUGUAAACAUGUCAAAUGCCGGCCAGAUAACGAAGACCGUCCAGGUGGAGAUCACUCGCUCGGAUAACCAGCCGGGUCCUGAGCGAAGUUGGCUUCAUUGA